AUGGCGACCGGCUUCGCAAUGCCUGUGCAACAGUUCACAGCAUCGCCUUCACAAUAUACACUCUAUCACUCACAGUCGCAGACGCAGACGCAGCCACAACAAACCAUCUCCCCCGUCAACUCGGCGACGACAACCCCAAAUAAUGCAUCACCUACCUCUCCCCGAGCCACGCUCGCUUCACAUCUCCCUGCGUAUAUUCGACAGCUUCGGCCACCGAAGUCGCCUCUAUAUGUACCCGCCGUCUUGCGACCUACGGAUCCUCCACGGAGGGCGAUGAAACCGUCUCCUCUAACCCCACCUCAGAGUAUGCACGGCAGCUUCGAUGAUCUAGAUAACGCGCGGACGAUGAAUAGACGAUCAACUGAUGACUGGGGGAACCUUGGCUUGGGUUCAAUAGUUGAGUCCAACUUCAGUACGGAGGGUCUCGGAAAGGUCACGGCUCUUCCCACAAGAGAACACUGGAAGCCUGACUCCGAAUCAGCGAUCUGCGACGAGCCUUCCUGCACGAGAUAUUUUACAUACUUCACUCGUCGGCACCAUUGUCGACGCUGUGGUAAUAUUUUUUGCGACCUCCAUUCGAUGUCGACUAUUCCUCUGGAUCAAAAUGCCAAUUUCCAUCCGAAAGGUUCCCGCAGCCGGUCUUGUCAGCACUGCUGGGAGGAGUACCGCGCCUGGCAAGUAUCACGAUCUAAUCGUUCAAGUCGCGGAAGCUCACAUGGCGAACCCCAAACACCUACCGAUGCUACUGCCCCUACUACACCCACUACACCUACCACACCCACCACACCCACCGUGAACUGUCCUGGUAUUGCUGGUCGAAAUGCACUCAGCAGUGUAUUUGGACAAAAGAACCAGGGCACUCCCGAAAGUCUGGGGGCCAGUGUCCCAAGGGAUUGGAACUGGAGCACGUUUUAA